AUGUGGGAUGGAGAGCCGGAACACCUGCGACAGGCGAGCCAGUACAAUUCGGAAGUUAGGGAAAAUAGGGAUAACGAGCAGAGGGAGCAGCAACAGAAUGACGAGCAACAGCAGCAAAGAGAAACACAAGGGCAACGAAAAAGGCACAGAUGGACACCCCCACCCAGGGAUGGAGAAGUGGAAGGACCAGAGACACCACGCCCCGUCUCAGGGAGAAGUACACCAGUGUCACCGCUGAGCCCAGACGAUCAAGAAACGCGACUGAGGUCUAUAACGCCGAGCCAGCUGCUCCAAAAUGAACCUUCACCAGGAGAGGAAUCACAGCACGCAGGGGACCUGACACCCCUCUUGCACAUUCCAAGAAUGCCACUGUCACCUCUAAGCCCUGAUGAACAACAUGGGGGAGACAGUACCCAAACAGGGGAACAGAUAAUGCAAAGUCAAGAAACAAAUGAAGGAAGCCAAAGUAAUCUCAGUGAAUCCCUUACACCACUAUCGCAAAGUGAAGCAACCCAAACACUAAGUGGUGAAGGCAACAUACAGGAGCAUAUUGGCAUAACUCCUGAACCAAAUGAAGAGCGAGAUGAAGCUGAGGGGACAUGGAUACUGGACCCGUUUCUGGGCACACUGUAUGAGAUCCAGCGGAACCCGGACUGGGCAAGAUUUGAAGAUGUACUGAUUGAGAUCGAG